AUGCUGCCGUUAGUUCGUGAGCUUGUGUGCGGAAGCGAUUACGAGCUUCUUGAAAGUGGAUGGCGAAACAGUACGAACAUCCCACAAGUGACGAAUUGUGGUCAACACACCGACUUCUCAACGAUUCCAACAAUAUUUCUUGCAAUAUUCUCACCUGUGAUAUUCUACGAACUCUAUAAAAGUCGCAAUUCAUCAUUACGAAGCUUUUCACCGAUAUCUCUACGAAUUAUUUUGUGUUGCCUACUUGUCGUUGAUCUCACUGCUACCGUCAUUUAUGAUUUUUAUCUCCGUUUCACCCGUUCACCGAUCUACAAUCCAAUUCACCUUUAUGGUGACCUCGUGCAAUAUGCAGGUUUUUCUCUGGUCCUUGUCUUGACAAUAGCUUGUAGGAACAGAGGAAUAAUCACAUCCGGAGUUAUCACUUUAUACUGGCUACUCGUUGUUGUGUGUGGAGUACCGGAGCUGAGAUACUAUCUAACUGGAUUCUUGUACAACGAAUAUGAAGUGGAUCCGUGUCGAUCAACAUUAUACAUUGGAUCGUUUGCGUUUGCUGGAUUGGAACUCUUCUUGUGUUGCUUCGCAGACACACCGUCAAAUGGAUACGUUGGAAAGAAUUCUUGCCCAGAAUACACCGCAUCUUUCCUCAACCAGCUGACAUUUGAAUGGUUCUCAGGACUUGCCUAUCUUGGAAACAAAAAGUCAUUGGAAAAAGAAGACCUUUGGGAUCUAAACGAACGGGAUAAGGCUGAAAAUCUCAUCCCAUCGUUCAUGAACAACCUGAAGCCCCAAGUAGAAGGAUACCGUCGGUUGAUUAAGAAGAACCCUGAAGCCGCGAUUCCGAAAAACCAUCCAUCGAUUUUGAUUCCAAUCUUCAAAACAUACAAGUUCACACUGCUGGCUGGUGGAUGUUACAAAUUGAUGUUCGAUUUGCUUCAAUUCGUUGCACCGGAACUUUUGAGACAACUCAUCAGCUUCAUUGAGGAUAAGAGCCAACCAAUGUGGAUUGGAGUUUCAAUCGCUCUCCUGAUGUUUUUGUCAUCUUUGAUUCAAUCAAUGAUCCUUCAUCAGUACUUCCAUGAGAUGUUCCGACUUGGAAUGAAUAUCCGAUCUGUAUUGACUAGUGCGGUGUACACCAAAACCUUGAACCUGUCGAAUGAAGCAAGAAAAGGAAAAACUACUGGAGCAAUCGUAAAUUUGAUGUCGGUAGAUAUCCAAAGAAUCCAGGAUAUGACAACAUUCAUCAUGCUUUUCUGGUCGGCCCCUCUGCAGAUUCUCCUCUCCCUCUACUUCCUCUGGAAACUCCUCGGCGUCUCCGUUCUUGCUGGUUUCAUCAUCCUUAUCCUCCUCAUUCCAUUCAACUCCUGGAUUUCUGUCAAGAUGAGGAACUGUCAAAUGGAACAGAUGAAGUACAAAGAUGAACGAAUCAAAAUGAUGUCAGAAAUCUUGAAUGGAAUGAAAGUGUUGAAGUUGUACUCGUGGGAGAAGAGUAUGGAAAAAAUGGUUUUGGAAGUUCGUGAGAAGGAGAUUCGUGUGUUGAAGAAACUAUCGUAUCUCAAUGCAGCUACUACAUUGUCAUGGGCAUGUGCUCCAUUUUUGGUUGCUGUCCUCACAUUCGGUCUCUACGUUCUCUGGGACCCCGAAAACAAUAUCUUGACUCCACAAAUUACCUUCGUGGCUUUGGCUCUCUUUAAUAUUUUGAGAUUCCCUCUCGCCGUGUUCGCUAUGGUUUUCAGUCAGGCUGUUCAAUGCGCCGCCAGUAACACUCGUCUGAAAGAGUUCUUCGCUUCCGAGGAAAUGGCUCCACAGUCUUCCAUUGCUUAUGGUGGAACAGACUCUGCUAUAAAAAUUGAUAAUGGAGCAUUUGCUUGGGGUUCGAGGGAGGAGGACAAGUCUCUUCACGACAUCACUUUCAACAUCAAGCGGGGACAACUUGUUGCUAUCGUUGGAAGAGUUGGUUCAGGAAAAUCUAGUUUGUUACACGCUCUGCUUGGUGAAAUGAACAAACUCAGCGGAAGUGUCCAAGUAAACGGUUCAGUGGCCUAUGUUCCACAACAAGCAUGGAUUCAGAAUUUGAGUUUGAGAAACAACAUUUUGUUUAACAAGCCAUACGACCAGAAGCAUUAUCAAAAAGUUAUUGAUGACUGUGCACUUGUUCAAGAUUUGGAGAGUCUUCCAGCCGAAGACAGGACUGAAAUCGGAGAGAAAGGAAUCAACUUAUCGGGAGGUCAGAAGCAAAGAGUGUCACUUGCCAGAGCUGUAUAUCAAAAUUCUGAAAUUGUGUUGUUGGAUGACCCAUUGUCUGCUGUAGACUCCCACGUUGGAAAACAUAUCUUUGAAAACGUUAUCUCCUCUGCAACCGGAUGCCUCGCCACAAAAACUCGUAUUCUGGUCACACAUGGUUUGACAUACUUGAAACACUGUGAUAAAGUUAUCGUGAUCAAAAACGGUACAAUUAGUGAAAUGGGAACAUAUCAGGAACUGAUGAAUAGUAACGGAGCGUUUGCGGAAUUCCUCGAGGAGUUCCUACUGGAAGAGUCGAAGCAUCGUGGAAGAAGUAUUAGUUUUGGAGAGGAUUCAAAGGAAGUCGAUGAGAUUCUUCGUGAUUUGGAUCAAGUUAGCCCGGCCAUCCGUCAGCGAAUUCAAAGUCAAAUGAGUCAAGAAAUCGAUAACAAUGAUUUGAAAAACAAUGAAGUAGUGCAAAAUGGUCAUCACAAGGAGGAGUCAGCACAUAGUCCAAUUGGCAAAAAUGAAGAGAAAGAAGCACUUCUUGGAGCAAAACCAAAGGAGAAGACUCCAGAACCACCAAAGCAAGCUAAAACUCAAUUGAUUGAGAAGGAGGCCGUGGAAACUGGAAAAGUCAAACUCGAGAUCUACAUGUCUUAUUUCCGUGCAAUUGGAAUCCCAAUCGCCCUUAUCUUUUUCUUGGUUUACGUUGCUAGCAGUAUUCUGGGAGUGUUCAGUAACUUGUACUUGGCUAGAUGGUCAGACGAUGCAAAACGAAUUGCACUUGCUGGAAAUGUUAGCACCAGUGAGACACAAGUUCGCCUUGGAAUCUAUGCAAUGUUGGGAAUGGGACAAGCUACAUCUGUUUGUGCUGCAUCGGUCAUCAUGGCUCUUGGUAUGGUCCGUGCUAGUAGACUCCUUCAUGCAGGCUUAUUGAGCAAUAUGAUGAGAUCCCCCAUGGCAUUCUUUGAUGUGACUCCACUCGGACGAAUUCUCAAUAGAUUCGGAAAGGAUAUUGAAGCCAUCGAUCAAACACUCCCUCAGUCAAUCCGUGCAAUGGUUAUGACAAUUUUCAACGUCCUUUCGACGGUUGUAGUUAUCAUUUGGGCUACACCAUGGGCAGGAAUUGCUUUCUUCGUUCUUGGCCUCGUCUACUUUGUUGUCCUGGACGUUGAUGUGAUCGAUUCGAGACUUCCUGCCUGCAUCAUGACAUUUGUUGGAGCAAUAGUUCAAGGCGUCACUAUAUUUGCCGUGCCAGCAUAUGCUACACCUGCAUCAUUAUUGCUCAUCGUUCCCGUUUUAUACGGAUACGUCCGACUUUUGAGAUUUUAUGUGAGUACCUCUCGCCAAUUGAAACGCUUGGAAUCUGCAUCAAGAUCGCCGAUCUACUCUCAUUUCCAAGAAUCCAUUCAAGGAGCAUCUUCAAUCAGAGCCUAUGGAGUAGUCGACAAGUUCAUCAGAGAGUCGCAACACCGUGUCGAUGAAAAUUUGGCAACAUACUAUCCAAGUAUUGUGGCUAAUAGAUGGCUCGCUGUUCGUCUGGAAAUGGUAGGAAACUUGAUUGUCCUCUCUGCCGCUGGAGCGGCUGUCUACUUCCGUGACUCUCCCGGUCUAUCUGCUGGUCUUGUUGGACUAUCUGUAUCUUACGCGUUGAAUAUCACCCAAACCCUCAACUGGGCCGUCCGAAUGACAAGUGAACUGGAAACCAACAUUGUCGCUGUAGAGAGAAUCAAUGAGUACACUAUUACUCCAACCGAAGGAAACAAUUCCAACAGUUUGGCACCCAGUUCAUGGCCACAACGCGGAGAAAUCUCCAUAAAGAACUUCAGUGUCAGAUAUCGUCCUGGACUUGAUCUAGUACUUCAGGGAGUCACUGCUCAUGUUGAACCAAGUGAAAAAGUUGGAAUCGUUGGUAGAACUGGAGCAGGAAAAAGUUCAUUAACCCUGGCACUUUUCCGGAUUAUCGAAGCAGAUGGAGGAUGUAUUGAAAUUGACGGAACCAAUAUUGCGGAUCUUCAAUUAGAGCAACUCCGCUCUCGUCUUACAAUUGUUCCACAAGACCCUGUUCUAUUUUCUGGAACAAUGAGAAUGAACUUGGAUCCUUUCGAUGCAUUCAGUGACGAUCAAAUCUGGGAAGCCCUGGGCAACGCUCAUUUGGAGUCAUUCGUCAAAUCUUUGCAAGAAGGACUUCAUCAUAACAUCUCUGAAGGUGGAGAAAACUUGAGUGUUGGACAACGACAACUCAUCUGUUUGGCUCGUGCUCUCCUUCGUAAAACAAAAGUGUUGGUUCUUGACGAGGCCGCUGCUGCAGUGGAUGUGGAGACUGACAGUCUUCUUCAGAAAACGAUCAGAGAACAAUUCAAAGAAUGUACAGUGCUCACAAUUGCCCAUCGUUUGAAUACGGUUAUGGAUAGUGAUCGCCUUUUGGUGUUGGACAAGGGACGAGUGGCUGAAUUCGACACACCGAAAAAACUUCUCUCCAACCCCGACGGAAUAUUCUAUUCGAUGGCAAAAGAUGCAAAUGUUGUGUGA